AAGAAGCGGCCCCCGGUUCUCCGCCCGACCCGGCCGCUGGUGCUGUCCAACAAGGUAGCGAACCGCAAGGAGCAGGCGGGAGAGGCGACAUGCAUUACGGAGAUGUCAGUAAUGAUGGCCUGCUGGAAACAGAAUGACUUCAGCGAUACAGCUUGUGCUGAGGAGAUCCGGAUAUUCUAUGACUGCGUGGCAAAGGCAGAAAAGGAGCGCAAGAAUCAAAAUGCGGAUACCCUGUCACCUAGGGGAAACUUAACUUCAAGCAAGGUGAACAAACUCCUCAGGAGGUUUCCUCAGAUCACACGUUACGUAUAA